UUUUUUUUUUUUUCAAUUGAAGUGAAAAAGUCAGGGAUCGUGUGACGUAGCCCGUUUGAAAACUUCCCACGACCAAUCGGAGCCGUGGAUUUAGCAUUCCCUUCCCCCAGAGAGAGAGAGAGAGAGAGAGAGAGAGACAGAGAAAGAAAGAGAGAAGCGAGUUGAUUCAGCCCAGUCCCUUCGUUGCGUGAGCCGAGCGAGCGAGCGAGCGGAGAGAGAAUUAAAACAUAACAACAGCCACAAACGACGGCGAUCAUUCGCCAAAUAGCUAUUGAUCAAUCGAUCAGUUUGACUAAUUGAUCGAUUGCUUCCAAGGCGCACAGACCUAGUAUUACGAGUCUAAUUGAUGAAUUCACAGGGACUCUGCAUCCGGCAAUACUAAGCAUAGCUACAGGUGGUUACUUUGCAAUAGUGAGUCUGCAGGGAGAGAGGGAGAGAGGGAGAGGGAGAGAGGGGGAGGCGAGUUGGAGAGGGAAAUGGCGAGUCGCAAAAGUGUCCUGAACUCACCGUGGUCCGGGAACGAGCGCGUCCGGAUCGGCGAGCGCUUUCAGGCCAGUCUGGCUGGGAUAAUCGAGCUGGAACUGUUGAAGUCGAAGCACUGGGAGAGAGUGGAGGCGGCGCUGGGACGAACCGGGAACCAGUACGGAGAAGAGGGAGAGUGCGGGGCUGGAGAGUGCGGGACUGGAGGGCAAAACGAUGAGCAGCUCCGGUCUCGCCCCUCACUGGACAGGCUGCGGGAUGGAGUGUCCACUACACUGGACCUCUCCCAGUCCCAGGACCUUCUGGACAGGUCCAGUCUGUCUUCAGAACCCCUGGAGAUGGACAAAAGGAGCAGCACCCACACCGAGACCGACACCAGCGACUCCCGACCCAGCUCCGGUUUCUAUUCUGUGAGUGACAGCUCUCUCUCUAACUCCUGUGCCUCUGUGCUCAGCGAGGGGCCCGGGGGAGGCUCCCUGGGGACUGUGCCCCCCCGACCGCGCUCCACUGACGACAGUGCCACCCACUGGCCGGAGUUCAGACUGCAGCCUCAGAAGCAGCCUGGCGAGCCGCACCCAGAGAGAGAGAGCCGGAGACCCGUCUCUACAGGUGAUCUGGAGUUGCUCUGUGGUCUCCUCUCCCUGGUUACCCUCGGCCCCCAGCCCCCCCGCGGGGUGAACCCGCCCCUCCAGACCCUGGGCCUGGACCGCCGGUACCGAUCGGACCUGAUCUCCCGCAACACCCACGAGGUCUACCCCUACCCCAGCCCACUGCACGCCGUGGCCCUUCAGAGCCCACUGUACACCGAGGUCCAGCAGGGGGGCCCCGAGGACCUGAUUGAAGACAGUGCCUCCACGCGAUUGGCUCCCGGCCCUGCCACUCAGAUCCCCAGGAUCAGGCCCCUCCCCACAAACCCCACCCCCCCCAGGGCUAACCCCAAGCCGCCCGGAGGUGCUAGACCCAGUUCUGUGGGCUCCCUGGCCCAGCUGGGCUGCUCCGGAGUGGACCGGUACAUCUCCCAGCUGGUUCUGAGGUCGCGGUGCCGGCCAGAACUGUCAACGCACCACAAGAGCCUGUCAAUGUCCUCCAUAAGCAGCAGCAGUACCUCCUCCACGGUGGUAGGGGGCGCCCUCCCCUCCCUCCACUCCCUCCACUCCCUCAGCUCGCUUGCCACUGCCGGACCCGGGCACUGGAAAGCCAGGAGGCGAAUUUCCACCUGCGUCCCGGCGGCCGGUGUCCGAUCCCCGGAAAGAAUCUCCUCUUCCCAGCUGCCCGAGGGCUCCCGAAAUUCCUGGGUCUCUUCCCGCUGCUCCCCGGAAGAGCUGUCUCCAGGAUCCAGCGCGGUCUGGGAAGAGGGGAUCCCGAGAGAGGAGGAGGAGGAGGAGGAGAGACCCCCUCCGGGAUUAUUAUCCCAGAGGAAUUUCUCCCAGAGCUGCCUGGUGCGCGAUCCCGUCCUCCACGGACGCUCCUACAAGCGUGCCGGCUCUUUAAGGUGGACCAGCCUGGAAGCAGACCGGCUGUACCAAGGCAAGCAUGCCUCCAGGGAGCUGAUCAAGGCUUCCACCUUAAGCAGCUUGAACCUGAACAGAGGCAGCUGCGUUGCUGAGCCGUGCCUGAAACACGCUGCCCAGGGAGAGAGCCGCGACGGAGGGGAGCGCGACCGGGACCGCCCCCCUCCCAAACCCAGCCGGCCCAGCUUCUGGGAGAGGCUGGAGGACCUGGUGUCCGGCUCCCCGGAUCGGGACUCUCCGUCCCGGGACAAACAGGCCGGGCUGCACCGGAGCGGCUCCCAGCAGGUUCUGGACAGACCCGGCCGCAAGAAGCAGAAGUGGACCUCGGUUCUGGAGAUCCCGAGCCACCGGGACUGCGGGGGGGAGCGGCACAGCGGAGGAGGCAGGUCCAGGGAGGAGGCUGGAACCCGGGUCAGCCAGCCGGACCUGGUCUCGGGACGGCUGUAUUUCGGAGGCAGCGGGACCUGCCUCUCCUCCCCCGGGGCCCAGGCUGGGGAGCAGGGGGGCGUUGACCCCCCCCGACUGCGCAGGGCCAAGUCCUUCAGGGAGCUGAGGAAGAGGAUGAUGAGGCCUUUCUCUUUGAAGAGCCACAGCUUCAAGAAGUGAGGCAGGGAGGCAGGAUUCCUUCUAGUGCUGCGAGAUUACUGGAUCACUGGGACUGCGCUCUGCACAGAAACCAGGGCGAGGGGGGGCUGGUGUGGAUCAGGGGGGGCUGAUUCCCUGUUCAGAGUGAAUUCAGAAACAGCUGCUUGGGUUUGUGACGAUCGCUGCUUUUCUUAAAGACUCUGCGGAGAACAGCGACCCACACAAACCCGAGCAGCUGUUUCUGAAUUCACUCUGAACGGGGAAUCAGCCCCCCCCCGAUCCACACCAGCGACCCCUCGCCCUGGUUUCUGCGCAGAGUUGGGGUUUGGGCUUGUGUUGAAAUGUUAUAUAUUUGAUAUAAAAUGCUUGUGGAUUCUACUUCAAAGAGUUCAGUAAUGCUGUAGCACGGAUCCUGCUGACAAGGGAUCCUGCUUGUAAUGUGAGUGUGUGUGUGUGUGUAACCCUGCUCUCUCUGCUGCCCCCUGCAGGAGGAGAGGGGUACUCCCAGUCCCUGUGUGUGUGUGUGAGAUGAAUUCAGUCACAAACACACAGCACACUCCCUGCAGUCAGUGUUCCUGUGUGUGUGUGUGUCUCUGCAGGUGUCUGUAUGUCUGCGUCUGGCUUCAUUAACUCCUGGGUUAGAUUGGGCAGCUCACAUUCCUCGCUGAUCUCUCGUUCGCUUGUUUGUUAUUUUGUUGUAUUUUAAUGGAAAGAGCUGGAUGUUUUCAAACUGCCUUCAUGAGGAUGUAAUAUUAUAAUAAUAAUGAUAAUAAUAAUAAUAAUAAUAAUGCUUUAAAAA